AUGGGAAGAAGAAACGGCGGCGGCGGCGGCGGAAGGUCUCUGCAAUUCGUUCUUCGCCGUCGAGUUGAAUCCUGCAAAUCAAAAUACAAAACCGCUGAAGAAAUCGUGGAUCAUUUUCGUUCAAAUUACCCUGACUACCGCAGAACUAAGUAUCAAACCCUAAUUGGAUUGGUUGAGGAUGCUAUUCGAUUUUCCAACAAUACUCCCACACGGAACCAUAACCAAAACAACAAUGCCGAGGAAGAUGACGAGGAGGAUGAGAAUCGAAGUGCUUCUCGAAAGAGACGUAAGGAAAUUAACGACGAAUCUGAAGAUAGAUUGCAAAAGAUGGAAGCACGUCACGUUAAAGCUAGGAUGAGUACGCAGGCUCCAUCAACUUCCUCCGAUUCUGCUUCGGCUAGCAGUGAAGAUGAAGGUGCAGUUUCGACCUCGGAGGACGGGAUCUACAGCGAGAAAGUUGAACCUGCUUUUGAUUUGAUGAAGGAUAUGCUGCGACAUUCAUAUUCAGGAACAACAAAGUCAGUAGUUCCUGUGGUGGAAGAAAAAGAAAAGAACGUUGAAUUGGAUAUCGGUAAUACAAGUAAAGCUACUAUUAUUGUCAAUGCGGAUGGUGGUAAAUCCAAAAGGACGGCAACAACAGAGAAACACUCUAAGGAUUCAGUUUCUAAUACUGGCGGUGGUAAAGGGAGCGGUGAUGUUGAGGUGAAAGGGAAAGAGGGGCCGACGUUUAAGGAUUUGGGUGGGAUGAAGCCUAUUUUAGAGGAGUUGAUGAUGGAUCUUGUGUCAUUGUGCAAUCCUCAGUUGCCUAGACAUUUAGGGGUGAAACCAGUUACUGGAAUUUUAUUGCAUGGACCACCUGGUUGUGGAAAGACUAGACUUGCUCAUGCUAUAGCUAAUGAAACAGGUCUUCCUUUUCACCAUAUUUCGGCUACGGAGGUGGUUUCUGGAGUCUCAGGUGCAUCUGAAGAAUAUAUUAGAGAGCUUUUCGAUAAAGCAAAAAGAACUGCUCCAUCAAUUGUCUUUGUUGAUGAGAUUGAUGCAAUUGCUUCGAAAAGAGAGAAUUUACAGCGUGAGAUGGAGAAACGAAUUGUGACCCAGUUAAUGACUUCCAUGGAUGAACCAGAGAGUUCUGAUGAACCUCGUGGCUAUGUUCUUGUAAUCGGGGCCACAAAUAGGCCUGAUUCUCUUGACCCUGCUCUUCGACGACCUGGUCGGUUUGAUCGUGAGUUUCUUGUUGGCGUUCCCGAUGAAUCUGCCAGGGUGGAGAUCCUUUCCGUGCUUACUCGCAAUCUUAAACUUGAUGGUUCGUUUGAUCUGCACAAAAUAGCCAGGUCUACGCCAGGGUUUGUUGGUGCUGAUUUGACUGCUCUGGCUAACAAAGCUGGUAAUUUGGCAAUGAAGAGGAUAGGUAAUGAAAGGAAGCGUGAAUUAUCUCAAGUUAUCAUGGAUGGGGAUACUCAAGCCUGGUUGAAAGAACCUUGGUUGCCUGAAGAAAUAAAUAAGCUUGCUAUCAAAAUGUCUGAUUUUGAGGAAGCAGCCAAAAUGGUGCAGCCUUCAGCAAGAAGAGAAGGGUUCUCUUCCAUUCCUAAUGUUAAAUGGGAAGAUGUUGGCGGGCUUGAUAUAUUAAGGCGUGAGUUUGAUCGCUAUAUUGUAAGGCGUAUUAAAUAUCCUGAGCUAUAUGAGGGAAUUGGGUUGAAUCUCGAGUCUGGAUUUUUACUAUAUGGACCUCCAGGAUGUGGUAAAACACUUAUUGCCAAGGCUGUUGCCAAUGAGGCGGGAGCUAAUUUCAUUUAUAUUAAGGGACCCGAGCCUCUAAAUAAGUAUGUCGGGGAAAGCGAGCUUGCGGUGCGGACAUUGUUUAGUCGUGCAAGGACUUGUGCACCGUGUGUACUAUUUUUUGAUGAGAUUGAUGCUCUGACUACCGAACGCGGUAAAGAAGGUGGAUGGGUUGUUGAAAGACUAUUGAACCAGUUGCUUAUUGAGUUAGACGGCGCUGAGAAUCGGAGAGGUGUAUUUGUCAUUGGUGCAACAAAUAGGCCCGAGGUGAUGGACCGUGCUCUCUUGCGGCCUGGUAGGUUCGGUAAACUGCUUUAUGUUCCUCUUCCAAGCCCAGAUGACCGUGUUUUGAUAUUAAAAGCUCUUGCAAGGAAUAAACCUAUUGAUUCUAGUGUGGAUUUGAGUGCCAUUGGAAGAAUGGAAUCAUGCGAAAACCUUAGUGGUGCUGAUCUUGGAAAAUUGAUGGAUGAAGCAGGAAUGGCUGCUCUUGACGAGAAGUUUAGCUCAACUGAGACAACCUCAUUGACCAUUAAGACAAGUCAUUUUGAGCUAGCACUAAGUAAAGUUUCUCCGUCUGUGUCAGACAAGCAAAAGCAGUACUAUGAUCGUUUGUCAAAGAGCCUACGAGCAGCAUGA